UUUACCAUUAAUAUACAAAAGAGCAAAACGACAACGAGCAGAAGAGAGAAGCCGGGAGUCGAGUGUUGAAUUGUGUGAUGUUUUCACCGGAUGCCGAAUAUUUACAUGUGACAGAGGUUCCUAGUUUACAGAGUUUGACUUUAUACAGCUUUUCAUGUCUCAACAGUUCAGCAAUAAAGGUUUGGGAAUAUUUACAUCAUUCUCAGGAGAAACUCCAGGUGUAGCAGCUGAAAACUAUGCCAUACUACUAAAGACUUAGUUUAUUUUAAAGAGGAGAUCGACGACAUGAGUCCAGAAUAACACAUGAAGACACUGAGGAACAAACAGGUACAAACUCCAGGUGCAGCAGCUGAAAUCUGUCUGACUGUUAAAGAUGGAGUUUAUUAAAGAGGAGAUUGAAGACAUGAGUGAUCCAGAACCAUCCAGAAUAAAACAAGAAGAUACUGAAGAACAAACAGACUGGAUAGAAGUAAAACAACAAAGACAUGAGGUGGAUGAAGUGAAGAAGGAACACUGUAAAAUUAAAGGCAAACAGCUACAGACCUGCUCUCAGUGUGGAAAGAGUUUCAGACGCAACGGAGACCUUAAAAGACACAUGAGAGUCCACACUGGAGAGAAACCGUACACAUGCCCUCAGUGUGGAAAGAGUUUUGCUGAUGCAUCAAAUCUCCGUUAUCAUCUGCACAUUCACUCUGGAGAAAAACCAUUUAACUGUGAUCAGUGUGAUAAAAAGUUUAUUUCAUCAUCAAGUCUAAAAGCACACAUGACAGUUCAUUUAGCUGAGAAACCUCAUGUGUGUUCUUUCUGUGGAAAGAGUUUUUCAUGGCUGACCAGUUAUAAACAGCACCAGAAAAUACAUGACGAAGUGAGAGAUCAUGUGUUGUGA